AUGACUGAGCCAGGCUGGAAGGGACACCAAGCUACCUGCCUGCAGAGGCCGUUCCUCUGUUACCACAGCCAGAAGAGCUCCUGGUUCCCUGCUCCUGGUCCCCCUGCUCCUGGUCCCCCAGCUCCUGGUCCCCCAGCUCCUGGUCCCCCAGCUCCUGGUUCCCUGCUCCUGGUCCCCCUGCUCCUGGUCCCCCAGCUCCUGGUCCCCCAGCUCCUGGUCCCCAGCUCCUGGUCCCCCAGCUCCUGGUUCCCUGCCCCUGGUCCCCCUGCUCCUGGUCCCCCAGCCCCUGGUCCCCCAGCCCCUGGUCCCCCUGCUCCUGGUCCCCCAGCUCCUGGUCCCCCAGCCCCUGGUUCCCAGCUCCUGGUCCCCCUGCCCCUGGUUCCCCUGCCCCUGGUCCCCCAGCCCCUGGUCCCCCAGCCCCUGGUCCCCCAGCUCCUGGUCCCCCAGCUCCUGGUCCCCCAGCUCCUGGUUCCCCUGCUCCUGGUCCCCCUGCUCCUGGUCCCCCUGCUCCUGGUCCCCCUGCUCCUGGUUCCCCAGCCCCUGGUUCCCCAGCCUCUGUCCCCUAGCCCCCAGUUCUUCCAACCCUGUCCCUCCAGCACCCAGUACCUGCCUUCCAGUCCCAAUCUCCCUCAUCCCCCACCCACAGGUCCCUUCCUGCUCCCGAUUCCAGGAACAAAUGCAGAUGGAGGGCAGAGCUGGGCUGAGUGCAACCGGAUUUUCCUGUUCCCAUACCCAAGGCUCCCACAUCAGCCAGGGCCCUCAGAACCCUGCCCUUGCCCCCUGCCCCGGGGGAGAGUCAUCCGAGCGCCGUCAUCACAACAUUCUCUGUCCCUCUGA